GGGAGGGAGAAAGACAGGACAAUAGGAAUGAAAAGAAUAGAAAAGAGAUUCUCCGAGUCAAUCAGGUGGCAUUGGGCGUAGAAUUUGCCGCUUGGCAAGGGUUUCAGGAGCCAGUUCGGUGGUGCUGGUGGUUGUUAGGAGUUCAGAUGAGUCAAACCCGAAAUUUCGAGCAGAGACUCCCGUAGUCGUACCCACCAAGCACUCUCUUUCUUCUUGAAGAUAAUUCCGGAACUCCAACCCCUCAUCAGACCAUCUACAACAGGCGAACCGGUCGAUUGCAAGCACACACAAUGGCCGACAACGCAGUUCAGGAUGCCGAGGCCUCCAUGGCCAAUCUUUUGCUCGAUGAGGUCACGGGCGAGAAAGUCUCCAAGAGCGAGCUGAAGCGCCGCCAGAAGCAGCGUGAGAAGGAGGCCAAGAAGAAGGAGAAGGAGGCUGCUGCGCCGGCCAAGGCGGAGAAGAAGGUCUCUGCUGAAGAGGAGGAGGCGAACCUUACCCCCAACCAAUACUUUGAGAUCCGCAGCAAUCGAAUCAACAAGCUCCGCAGCACCAAGCAGCCCGAUCCGUAUCCUCACAAGUUCCAGGUGACGGCCGACCUGCGUGAAUACCUGAAGGAGUAUGAGAGCCUCGCUAAGGGCGAGACCAAGCCCGAGGUCAGCGUCAGCAUUGCCGGCAGAGUCUACACCAAGCGCUCCUCCGGUGCCAAGCUGAUUUUCUACGAUAUCCGGGCGGAGGGUGUCAAGGUCCAGGUCGUGUGCCAGGCGCAGAACGUCAAGGGCGACGUCGAUUUUGAAGCCCAGCACGAGAACCUCCGACGAGGCGAUAUUGUCGGUAUUGUCGGCUUCCCCGGCCGCAGUAACCCCAAGAACAGAGCCGACGGAGAGCUGUCCAUCUUUGCCACAGAGGUUGUCCUGCUGGCGCCGUGCCUGCAUGCCAUCCCCACGGAGCACUUUGGCUUCCAGGACAAGGAGCAGCGCUUCCGCCAGCGCUACCUCGACCUGAUCAUGAACGACCGCUCGCGCAACGUCUUCGUCACCCGCUCCAAGAUUGUCAAGUACGUGCGUGAUUUCCUGGACAACCGUGACUUCGUCGAGGUGGAGACGCCCAUGAUGAACGCGAUUGCGGGCGGUGCCACCGCGAAGCCCUUUGUGACCCACCACAACGACCUGGACAUGAACCUCUUCAUGCGUGUCGCUCCCGAGCUGUACCUGAAGAUGCUGAUUGUCGGUGGCCUUGAGCGUGUGUACGAGCUGGGCCGCCAGUUCCGUAACGAGGGUAUCGACCUGACCCACAACCCGGAGUUCACCACCUGCGAGUUCUACUGGGCCUACGCCGACGUUUAUGAUGUCAUGAACCUGACCGAGGAGCUGGUCUCGGGACUCGUCAAGCACAUCACUGGCGGCUACGAAACCACCUUCCACACCCAGACGGGCGAGGUCUACAACGUGAACUGGAAGGCUCCCUGGAGGCGCGUGGAGAUGAUCCCCGCUCUGGAGGAGGCGACCGGCGAGAAGUUCCCGCCGGGCGACCAGCUGCAUACCGCGGAGACCAACGAGUUCUUGAAGCGCGUGCUGAAGAAGACGGGCGUCGAGUGCUCCCCGCCGAUGACCAACGCCCGCAUGCUCGACAAGCUGGUCGGUGAGUUCAUCGAGGAGACCUGCGUCAACCCCACCUUCAUCACCGGUCACCCGCAGAUGAUGUCCCCCCUGGCCAAGUACCACCGCCAGAACGUCGGUCUGUGCGAGCGCUUCGAGGCCUUUGUCUGCAAGAAGGAGAUCGUCAACGCCUACACCGAGUUGAACGAUCCCUUCGACCAGCGCCUGCGCUUCGAGGAGCAGGCUCGCCAGAAGGAGCAGGGUGAUGACGAGGCACAGCUCAUCGACGAGAACUUCUGCACGAGUCUGGAGUACGGUCUCCCCCCGACCGGCGGCUGGGGUAUGGGUAUCGACCGUCUCGUCAUGUUCCUCACGGACAACUACAGCAUCAAGGAGGUCCUGGCCUUCCCCUUCAUGAAGGACGACAAGACCGCCCACGAUAACAAGCCGGCAGCUGAGGUUGUCGGCAUUGAGCCCAAGCCCGAGGAGGGAAUUCCCCACAAAUAGAUGCAGCGUUUGACACAGCAUUGAUGCUCAGACAUAAGAAUCAUGAUGAACAACACUAUUAAAAACAGGUUCUAUAAGCAAUAUGCAUGAAUGAAAUUAAAAUGAAGUUAUUCCCAGGGCUUGAUUAACAAUGGAGCCUUGAAAAAGAAAAUUAAUGCUAGAAAGCAGAUUUAUUAAGCUGUCUUUAGCUGAUUCUAUGCUUCUGCUUAUACUUUUAUAAAACUUGUAGUCACUAUUCACUGCUCCCUUUAUACUAGUGCUUAUUAAAGAUUUCUUCUUGAUAUGCAUGCAGCCAUUGUCUGACAAAGAGGUCAUCUGCCG